AUGAUACUAGAAGAAGAUGAUCUUUUUGUGGUCGUAAUGACUAUAUUGCAAGCUACUAUUUUAAAUGAAUAUAGACAUGAUAAAACAUGCAUAGAUGGAUCUCAUGUGGAAAAGAAGGAGAAGAAACAAAAGAAACCAUUUUCGCAAACACUCAAAGAUGUUAUAUAUAGAAGAGUUCAUAUACUGUCCUGGUUACCGUCAUAUGACCGGGAAGCCGCGGUUUCGGACAUGAUAGCUGGUAUCACUAUAGGCUUAACGCUGAUACCUCAGAGCAUUGCAUACGCGGCCCUGGCUGGCCUUACUGCCCAGUAUGGACUUUACUCGGCAUUUAUGGGUGCAUUUUUAUACGUCAUCUUUGGUACCAUUAAAGAAGUAUCUUUAGGACCAACAAGUUUAGUUGCUCUGAUGGUUUUGGAAUAUUGUCAUGAAAAACCAGUCGAAUAUGUAGUUUUACUAGGCUUUUUAGCUGGUUGCAUUGAACUUAUGAUGGGAUUACUGAAACUUGGAUUUUUAGUCGAUUUCAUAAGUGCCCCAAUCGUAUCGGGUUUUACAUCCGCGAUGUCGUUAAUAAUUAUUUGUGCGCAGGCAAAAGGUUUGCUAGGGCUGCAUUAUACAGGACAUGGAUUUGUGGAUACAUUGAUGCAGCUAAUACAAAGGAUAUCAAAUGCGAGAUUAGCUGAUUCUAUACUUGCCUUAUGCUGUAUAGUUUUUCUUUUAACAUUAAGGCAAAUAAAAGAUUUGAAAGUCUCCAGUCCUGUUUUAAAAAGAACCUUAUGGUUUAUUUCAACUGGAAGAAAUGCCUUGAUCGUUUUAAUUACAGCGUUGACGGCUUACUUUUGGGAAAGGAAUUCUGGGAAAGCACCAUUUAUACUUUCAGGUAAAGUACAAGCUGGCUUGCCACCGUUUGGUCCUCCACCAUUUGAAGCAAAUGUUGGAAAUAGAACAGUAACAUUCGUUGAAAUGUGCAGCGAUCUAGGAUCUGCCAUCAUAGUUGUACCUCUAGUUUGCGUAUUAGCUAAUGUUGCUAUAGCCAAAGCAUUCUCUGUCGGAUGCUCUGUAGAUGCUUCGCAAGAAAUGUUCACUCUAGGAAUAUGUAAUAUAUUUGGCAGUUUCGUGAAGUCGAUCCCAACUUGUGGUGCUUUCACCAGAUCAGCAGUCAGCAAUGCAAGUGGUGUUCGCUCUCCAAUGGCAGGCUUGUACUCAGGUACUAUGACGCUUUUAGCGUUAAGUUUUCUCACUCCAUACUUUUACUAUAUUCCGAGAGCAACUCUUUCAUCAGUGUUGAUAUGUGCUGUUAUGUUCAUGUUUGAUUGGCAAAUAGUGAUGCCAAUGUGGCGGACUAAUAAAUUGGACGUGUUAUUUAUGGGGUGUACAUUUGCUGCAUCUUUAUAUAAAGGAGUAGAAUUUGGCUUAAGUGUUGGUGUAAUUCUGACUUUAUGUCCUUUGCUCUAUUUGUGGGCAAGGCCCGAAAUUAAUCACAUAUCUAAGUGGACACCCGAAGGUCUUGAAUAUCGCGUGUUAUGCCCAGACACAGGUCUUUACUUUCCUUCGGUUGACUUUUUGAAAGGAGAAUUGACCAAAGUUUCUUUAAAUUUUUCGGGUCCGCUGAUUUUAGACUGCUCAAAAAUGCAUGGAAUGGAUUACAGUGCUGCAAAGGGAAUAGAAUCUCUAAAAGACUUAUAUGCAAGAAAAGAUCAAAUUUUAGUGUUUUUACACCUGAACGAACGAGCUCUUAAAACGUUGAAGACUAUUAGAGGAACGCUACAAUAUUGCAGUUCAGAAGAAGAAUUGUUAGAAAAGCUUACUCUCCUUUCUAAUUCAAAAGAUAAAAGCGACAAAAAAUAUUUUGGUGAUACAAAAUAUACAACAAACAAUGAAAAAUGUGUAAAACAAGAUGAAAUAAGUGAAGAAGAUAAAUUAUUUUGA